UUGUUUGGAUCACCCCGUGCAGGAUGGCAGCAGGACCCAGGACCACUGGGUUCCCCGAGGUCAGGAUGAGCUGUCUGUGCAACCAGGGCUGCCCUGUGCUGCUCUUUGGGGGCACAGAGGAUGUAAGGAGGCCUCUAGCACCGCUGAACACUUAACCUGGUUUCUCCCACCUCACUGUUCCUCAGCCAGGCCCACCAAGAAGAGACAUUCUUCUCUCCUGCCCGAGAGCCUCAGCCUAACCCAAGGGCUGCUUGUGCAGAUGUCUGAGGAACCCUGAGGGCAGGAGACCCCCCAGUGGUCUCUGCACUGCCCUUCUCCCCAUAACAGCCUGGGCACCACUUCUGCCAGCCACUCUCCAGAAAGCUCCAGAGUUUAUGCCUCUGGGUGCUCUGCUUCCUGCUUACCUGGCCAGAGUCAUCCUGCGCUGUCACCUGUCACCAUUCUGAAUUCAAGCUGGUGGCUAGGUGACCAAAGACAGGUCAGGGACAGGUGUAGGGUGUAGCAGGUCUUUAACCCCAGCACUCUGGAGGCAGAGGCAGGCAGAUCUCUGAGUUUGAGGUCAUCCUGAUCUACAUCUCGAGACUAUCUCAAAAAAACAAAAAGGUCCGACAGGUCACUUUCUCAUUCUCCACCCCACCCCCGCCCAAGCUUGGGCUAGGAUGCUGUCCCUGUGAAGACGGUCUUUAUCACAUGGCUCACGGGAGAGCAGGCCCUAUCUGAGGUUGACACUACCCUGGCAGGAUGGAGACCACAGGGUGAGGACCCAGACUUGCAUUCCACCCUGUACGCCUUGCAGGUCUGCCCUGCACUGCCAGAAUGGAAGAGGCUGGCCUUACCUUUGUCAUUGUCAGCCUAGGUCUGAGCUUUGGGCCCUUGGCCCCAUGCUACCCAUGCUAGUUAAGGUUACUAGUUACUGCGAUGAAACAGCAUGGCCAAAGCAACUUGAGGAGGAAGGGGUUUCUUUGGCUCACACUUCCACAGCACUGUUCAUCGAAGGACGUCAGGACAGGAGUCUGGAGGCAGAGCUGAUGCAGAAGCCACGGAGGGCUGAAGCUUACUGCUUUGCUCUCCAUGGCUUGCUCAGCCCACUUUCUUAUAGAACCCAGGACCACCAGCCCAGGGAUGGUACUACUCACCAUGGGCUGGGCCUCCCCCAUCCAUCACUAAUUAAGAAAAUGCCCUACAGCCAGAUCUUACACUGUCCCGCCCUUUCCCCACUGAGCUGAGCAGAGCUGCCCUGUGCUGGGCAAAUGAGGACAUUACUGGCCACUCCUUCCCCAGGGUUUGGCUCCUGCCCUCGUGGCAGACACUGAAAAUCACAGGCUAUGAGAUCUGGAGCCCAGUUCAUCCCAAAUCUAUUUUAGACCUCUGUGCCAUCUCUAGGGUACUCAUAGGGCCCAGCCAGUGCUCCCUCUGAGGCCGAGGAAAACAGAGACUAGGGAGGUGGGGCACCCUGGGGGGAAGAGGUCUAGGGCAGUCUCUGAGUCUGGCAACCUCUGAUUGUGGCCCACACUCCACUCCCAGGGCCUUGCCCAGGCAGCUGCAAUCCUCAACCACAGCAUCCUUUGGGUUUGACCUACUGAGCCAGGGCACAUGACCCCCAAUUAGUCCUGGCGGCCAUCCCCUGCCCCGCCUGCUCACACUGGGGUACAGACAGUGGAUAUAAAUGGUAGUGGAGGCUGAAGGGCUCAGAGCAGAGACGUCCCAUUCAGCAUCCCGCUGCAGAACUGGCAGACACCAUGAGGACCCUCUCUCUGCUCGCUCUCCUGGCCCUGGCUGCAUUCUGCCUCUCUGGCCCAGCAGAUGCAAAGCCCAGUGGCUCCGAGUCUGACAAAGCCUUCGUGUCCAAGCAAGAGGGCAGUAAGGUAGUGAGUAGACUCCGCCGCUACCUGGGCCAUGGGCUUGGAGCCUCAGCCCCAUACCCAGAUCCUCUGGAGCCCAAGAGGGAGGUGUGUGAGCUCAACCCCAAUUGUGAUGAGCUAGCGGACCACAUCGGCUUCCAGGACGCCUACAACCGCUUCUACGGUACCACUGCUUAGGGCACGUGUGGCCCUGGGGCCAAACGGCAGCCUCAGCUUGGCUACUCUCCGGGACUCGACUCUCCCUGUUCCCUCUCCCUGCCCUGGGUGGUACACAGCUGCUCCAAAAUAAAGUCCAGAGGAGGAAGUA